AUGGACGAACCAAAUUCUUCAUCACCACGAGAUCCGCCGGAGCUGAACUCAGCGCCGGAGCUGAACUCAGCGCCGGAGCUCACCGGAGUACUUGAACAUUUGGUUCGAGGUUCUCGAAGCGUCGCGAUAGAUCGGGCUUUAGGAGAACGAGUCAUCAGUCAGAUUCACGAGCGUGGUUCGUUGAUGCUCGAGUUAUCGCGUCGCUGGGAGGAAUUUGAAAAGGAAAUCGAUUUAAAGGAGUUAGCUUUAAGUAAAAAGAUUCUGGAGCUGGAGAAGAAGGAAGAGCGAUUGAAGUUGGUUGAAGAAAGAGAGAAGAAGAUUGAGUUGCUUGAGGUUUCCAUCACUAAGAGAUUAACUGAGAAACAAGAGGAAUAUGAUCUGAAACAGUUUCUGGUUACAGAUGUGAUGAGAUUGGUUCUUGAGAUGCAGAAUGAAGAUGUGUGUACUCAACUUAAGGGAAAAGAGAAAUUGCUUGGUUUGGUUCAUGAUUCGAUGGUAAAGAAACAUGGAGAGCUUGUACAGGAGCUUCAAGCGAGGAAAAAGGAGAUUCGUUUGCUUUCUAAGUCGAUUGAUGACAAGUCUCGUGAGUUAGAGAUGGCAAUGCAGGAGUUUGAUGUGAAGCAAAAUGCAGAGACUGAGAGAAUGAAGAAAGAAGCUGAGCUAAUGGAAAUAUCACAUAAGCAGCUUGAAGCGAGGGAGAAGGAGCUUAGGUUGCUUAAUGACAUGAUCAAUGAGAAAUUGAAGGAGCUUAGGUUGCUUAAUGAGAUGAUCAAUGAGAAAUCGAAUGAGCUGGAGAAGAAGGAAGAGAGCUUUCAGUUGAAACAAGAAGCAGAAGCAAGAAAGAUUGAAGUGAAGGANAAGGAACUUGAAGAAAAGGAGAAAGAGCUUGAAGUGAAGCAGAGAGAGUUUGAAGAACGAUUAAUACAAGUAGAGACGCAAAAUGCAGAGACUGAGAGAAUGAAGAAGGAAGCUGAGCUAAUGGCAAUAUCUCAUAAGCAGCUUGAAGCUAGAGAGAAGGAGCUUAGGUUGCUUAAUGAGACAAUCAAUGAGAAAUCGAUUGAGCUGGAGAAGAAGGAAGAGAGCUUUCAGUUGAAACAAAAAGCACAAGCAAGAGAGAUUGAAGUGAAGGAAAAGAGACUUGAAGAAAAGGAGAAAGAGCUUGAACUGAAGCAGAUAGAGUUUGAAGAACGAUUAAUACAAGUAGAGACGCGUAAGAGAUCUAGGCGUGAAUUGAGGUCUUCAUUGUUGGGAGAGAAGGGUAGAGAUAACGGUCUUAUUCGCCCGGGGAAAAAGCAUAAACCCAUUAGAGAACAUAAACAUGUUGGAGAGACAAGUUCUGAUUUUGAAUAUGAAGAUACAAGUGAAGCAAUUGUCUGCAUAGAUCCUGAACCAUUUAGCUGUCCGGAGCCAGACUUUAACGAUUUUAGCAACACGAUGAGCUCUUUCGCGGUUGGUCAAGUAUGGGCUCUAUAUGAUCCUAUAGAUGAUAUGCCACGAUACUACGUUCGGAUCAAGAGAGUCUUGAAACAACAGCUGAGUUUGCGAGUGACAUGGCUCGAAUCAAUACAAAACACAGAGAAUGAGAAGCUAAUUCCCAUUGCUUGUGGGAGAUUCAAAUAUGGAAAUGCAGAGACCAAUGGGCACUUGAUGUUUUCUCACCCGAUGCAUCACAUCGUACACGGCAAAAGCAUCACCAUAAACCCGAGAAAAGGCGAGACGUGGGCUCUUUUCAGAGAUUGGAACAAGACUUGGACCAGUCACAGGGAGCAACACAAGCCUCCGUAUAGAUACGACCUUGUGGAAGUCAUAACUGAAUUCGACAGUGAUCAAGGCAUUGGAGUGGCUUAUCUAAAGAGAGUGGAAGGAUUCACAGCAGUGUAUGAACAUGGUGAGCAACAUGGGGUCAUCAAAACGAUGAUAUCAUGCGAUAAAAUGCUAGGUUUUUCUCACAGAGUUCCGUCUUAUAAACUGAUUGGAGAUGAGGAAGAAGGAAUCCCAAAUGGCUGGUUUGAGCUAGACCCUGCUGCUAUUCCUCAAGCUUGUCUUAACGAUUACGCCUUAGUCUUGGUUUGA